AUGUCUGCAGGGCGUCGGGCUGGGCCGACAUUUCAUGCGCAUUGCCCAGGACGAAUCGUUCGUAUCCAAUUACGGCAACGGGCGUGUUUUGGUCGGCUAGACGAGAAGAAUGAAAGAGAGGAAGACUGGCGGUAUGUUUCAAUGGCCGGCCAGCCCUAUCUCGCAAACAAGACGGUGAAGAAAGGACACCCCCCAGCCCUUGGCUCGGAACUUUACACGACGACACAUGGCAAUGCGGCUGACGUGGACGAGUCUGGACGAGAGCGUCAUGAGCAGCGCACGGUGACUUUUCCCUUGUGGAAUAGUAAGCUGAUGGCCACGCUGCUCGUGCAUAUCGAUUCCAAGAUGCCGAGUACCUGGUCAUUCUUCUCCGCGCUACCUUUGCUGCAGAAUCAACGGCAAAACAGUCUCCAAGAACACAUAUUCGUGCUCUGUACUCCGUACUCGCGUCUCAGUGUCCGUCUCAGUCUCGUCUUCACCGCCAUCUCCCAAGCCAAAGCCGGCAUUCAGCCCGUUCAUCCCACUGCCGAGCCCGGUUCCAGUCACAGCCCUAGCAGAGGCAUUAGCAGUUCUCAGUAA